AUGGCCCACUUGCUGCUGCUCCCCCUCUUUUGCUGUCCCCCCAAAGGGACCUUUGUCUUGGGCCUGCUGACAUCAAGUUUCUCACUGAACUUCACACUGCCGGCCAACACGACUUCCUCCCCACCUGCUACAAAUGGGAAAGAAGCAGACUGUGGGCCCUCUCUUGGAUUAGCAGCAGGCAUCCCGUCCCUGGUGGCCACAGCCCUGCUGGUGGCUUUACUAUUUAUGCUGAUCCGCCGAAGAAGAAGCAGCAAUGAGUCCACGGAGGAAAGUGAGAGACCAUGUGAAAUUUCAGAAAUCUAUGACAAUCCCAAGAUUGCUGAGAAUCCUAGGAGAUCACCCACACAUGAGAAGAAUCUGACGGGAGCAGAAGGAGCCCACAUAUAUGUGAAGACUGUAGCAGGAAGCGAGGAGCCCAUGCAUGACACGUACCGUCCUCCUGUCGGAAUGGAGAGAAGAAGGGGAUUGUGGUGGCUUGUGCCCAGAUUGAGCCUGGAAUGAGGCAGUUCAGUCAAGGAACAGAUCUAGAGCUGGAACAGAGCUGAAAACCCAGGGAUCUAUGCUCAGAGUGAGGAGAGAUACUAAGCUGCUUCUUAACCAAUCCAAAUUCCCAUUGCAGAUCUGGAAAACUUUUGGGUUGAUUUGUCUCUGUAGGUGACAGAGCUAAGGACUCAUUCCAACACUCAGAUCUUGUUGUUUAAUAAGCAGUGAAGCACCAAGUGAGGUCCAGAAGGAGCCCUUUGAUCCUAGUCUUGACCUAUGCUUUUCUUCAUGAUUUUGGGAAAGGGGCUUGAUUUCUGUGUAUCUUGCCUUAUCAUCUCUUUUCCACAUCUCUUUUCUCAAAAAAACAAAACAAAACAAA